AGCAGGGACUCAUCAGUCUGUCUCCACCAUUCAUCGAAACGUUGAACCAUGAAGGCCUUUUUACUUAUUGUUAAUACGUUUCUAUUAUCGCUGGCUGUUAUUGUCAACACUUUGGAGUCCAAUCGACAUCACUCCUCGUCCUUCACGAAUUACGAUUGCGGUGACACUAUUCCAGCAGUAAUAUUGAGGGAAAAUGGACUGACGAAAUUGGCGGAUCUGCUGUUGACAUCAGAAGAUGGCCUUGUAGAAACACUUUCCGGACCAGGGCCGUUUACUUUAUUCGCUCCGACUGACGAGGCUUUCGCUUCAAUGAGCCUGUACAAUUUUGAUGCUGCGGAAGAUGUCAACUUGUUGAAGGAUAUUCUUACCUAUCACGUUGCUCCCUUGGAGAUCACAUCCGCUUUUCUGUCUGCCAUCCAGCAGGUGUACCAACUCCCCACCCUCCAAGGAUCGGCUCCCGUUCGGAUCAACGUCUAUCGGGAAAAUGAACGAGCCAUCACUUUAUUCGAUCCCGUCAAGACUGUGACCAUCAACGGAGCUCUGGCAUUGAAAUCAUUGCAAGCUUGCAACGGGUUAAUUUACAUGAUCGACAAGGUUCUCAAUCCCGCAGAUUUGAUGCCGGAAAACGACGAGCUGGAAAUUUUCGAUCGAUACGGUUUGACGACGGUCAAAAGGAUUUUGGACGUCCUCGGUGCUGUACAAUCGGUUAACAUCUUUUUCGGUCCGAAAACGUUGUUUGCUCCUACCGACGCCGCAUUCGCAGCCCUGCCACCGGGAUUCCUCGACGAAUUAUUGGCUGAUAAGAAGAAACUGUUGACAUUUAUCAACACUCACGUCGUCUCCGGGUAUCAUUACAGCCGAGGACUCGAGACUGGUCCCAUCCUCUCUUUUGGAGCAGUCGUCGACGUGCAAGUAUCUCACGGGAAAAUUACGUACGGUGGUGCCAAUAUCCUUAUUCCCGACAUAACAAAUGUUCAAGGUGUCAUUCACGUCAUUGACGCCUGUGUUUUGCCAGAUUUGGAAUAAUAUUUCCUCCGAGUUUUCCGACCGGAAAUAUCUUCAUUAAAAGAUAUUAUAUGAAUUGUUUAUUAUUCUUAAUAUUUUACACCUUCAGCACUAUAUCGCUCUGAAUGAACUAUGUAUAUUUAAAAAG